AUGCCUUCACACACCCAGUCGCGCUCGCCUCCGCCUCGGCGGCGGCGGGCAUUGGAAGAGCGAAGCUCUGCCCACAACAAUGAGAGAUCCCCCACACGGUCCCUGCGCCUGGUUCAAGAUCAGGAUCAAGAGGAUGUCGACAUGUAUACCGCCACUCCAUUUCCAACAAAGCCAGAGCAGAUCCUGUUGCCCAUUCCCGGUAAAGGGCAGCAGAAGUAUAUUGCAGACAUCGGAUUCAAUUAUACAGAUGCUGCCACUGCCGGACCAUCCGCCGCAGCCUGGCCCUCGCCAGCGAUUAGCCAUGGAGCUGCGAGCAGCGUUCGAGAACAGUCGGUCGGUGAGAUCUGGGAUGUGUCUUCUACAGCAGACACAGGCAUGUCGCCGCCGCAGAUGUGGGAUGAAGAUCCCCUUUCCAGCAAAUCAUCUCUCCCGGAAAUUCAGUCGCCAAAGACUUUGCAUCACGGCUCUGAUGGUUCUGAGGCGGAGUUCUCCGAUGACGACCUGAUCGUGUUGCCAACAGCUACCCCGACAAUCAAAGCGGUGGUAUCUGAGCCGCCUACUUCACCCAAGUCUACGAGAGAUGAUGAUGACGAUUCAACCCAGAUUGGCUAUUCGAGUCCAAACGUUGAGCCCAUUGGUGCUCCCUCGAGUCCCAAUUUCGUGACACUGGACAACUCAAGCAUGAAUUUCUUGCCUCCGAAUAUCCCUUUCAAUGACUCAGACCCUCGCUCAAAUUCCUUGUCCUCCUGGAAUUCCCGGGGAACUGCUGUGCGUCAUGCCGGUGUCGCCGCGCCGUGGACCUACGCGGCGGGCUCCUCAGAGCAAUUGAGUUCUCGUGGUUCGCCAUCUUUCCAUUCCAGCCCGCCUCUUCGACCUGUUCGUUCAUUCCGCUCCGUCUCAAGGCACAAUUCCAGCAGCCGAUCACGAUCUACAACUUCAACUUCAUCACGUAGCCAGCGCUCAGUGUCUGACAUUGCAGCUGCCAUUGAAAGUGGCAUCCCUGUUCAAUUCCCGCGGAUCCGUGCUCCGUCCUCGAGUUCGCGGGCUGAUACAUCGACUUCUUCCGAACGCGACUUUACACCUGGCCCAGCAUCAGGUCGCUGGAACCCACACUUGUCGAGAGUAUCUUCUGUAUGGUCCGAUGAAGAAGUCGCCAACGCAAUUCCCGCGGACGAGGAGGUCGAAGAAGAAGUUGUGAGCGAUGAUUCAGAGCCAGCUCUUCCCCCAAUUGCUGCUCUCAAAACCAAAUCAUCACAAUCAACUGUCUGGCUUGUCAAAAACUCACACGAGGAAGAGCGCUUGGACAGCUUGUCAAAUCUCCCAACUCGCAAUGGUUUCCCGCAGAGUCUCUCGUCCGGAUCCAAGCGCAGCAACAGCAUGCGAAGCGCCAUUCGUCCAGGCACAAGCUCAAGCACUGUUUUUCACAUCCUUCCGACCUGGGCUAAGAUUUACUACCGCGCGGAUCCAAUGGGCCUUCACCCGUCCUUGUCAAUCAAGCACGCCAGCCGACCAUCCUCUGCACGCCCUGGAACCAGCAACUCUAGCGUUUUCAACUUGAUGCCCACGCCGCUCAAUAUCCCACGACCGCGUUCCCCUGAACGGCCUCGCUCGCCUGAGCGUGUUCGCUUCGCUCAGCGACGUAUUGAAAGUGACCCCCGCGACCCACGUGCUCACUGGGUCGCGGACCCCGAAGGUGAAGGAAGUGAACUUCACGGACCACCCCGCCGACUACGACACAGCUGGUCUCCGCACCUAUUCACCGACCGACGAACGAUUCAGCACUCGGCUAGUGCAUGGACUGCACCGUCAAUGGAUUCAACGACCGAGCCCGUGUUUGGGCGAAGGAACAUCCAGGUCUACUCUUUCUGCUUGGGUUUCAUAUUCCCUCUCGCUUGGAUUAUCGCUUCCUUCCUGCCUCUGCCAGCUAUGCCUAAGCUGGGUGCUGAAAUGACAGAGUCCGAUGACGAUGUCGAAAUGGCAUUGGAAUCGCAGCUGUGGAAUCUCCAAAGACGGCGGUACAACAAUGCUCGGUGGUGGCGCAAUCUCAAUCGCUGGAUGAUCUCGCUCGGUGUCGUUAUCAUCGUCAUAAUUAUCACACUGGCUGUCAUUGGCACCACGACUGGAUUCUAA